CUUACUCGUACAACUAUUCAUAGUUUGCAUUUGUCGAGACAUAUCUUGUGCUCGUUAAAGUGUGUCGUCUUUAACGCUUAAAAUAAGAGCUGUAUAGGACAAAAAGCUGAAGCAGCCAAUGGGAGAACGUUUUGUUACAGUGUCCGACAUUUCUGGUAGGGUGAUGAUGAGGGGCGUAACAGAUAUCUAGGAAAUUAUUGUUCCUUCGUCUAUGUUAUUAAAUUCUUAUCUCAGCUGAAGCAUAUCAUUGUGUUGAAUACCUGGCGCGUGUCUGAAAGGGAUGAUUCAUGGUGGCCUAACAAACAAAACACCAAUGAAGAAAAAGCCUUGUAAUCCCCUGCGCACCAAACGCAGCAGGCAGGACAGUGGCAGCAAUGACUGUGUUACAGAGCCAGGCACCGACCUGGCAACAAAUACCUCACCUCCAUCCUCUCUCCCAGCAUCCACCGCACAAAUCAUGCACCUGGCUAUGCAGCUGCACAGCCAUAACCUUCUAAGGUUUUUGAAUGAGGACCGGGUCAGACAGAGGUUCUGUGAUGUGUCUGUGUCCGUGGGUGGGACCGUUUACAGCGCCCACAAGGUGGUGUUGGCCCAUGGGAGCAGCUACUUCCACGCUGAGCUGUCCAAGAACCCUGCCACAGCACAUGUGACUCUGGACCAUGUGGAGGACUCUGUUUUCCAGCACCUGCUUGGCUUUCUGUACACCUCUGAGUUUGCGGUUACUGAGAGUGAGCUCCCGGCUCUUAUAGAAGCAGCCCGAUUUCUGGACAUGAUGGAUAUACUGAAGCUGCUGUGUGAGGAAGGUGACAACAACUCAGUACGUUUGAUCAAAGCACAGGAUGAGAUAAGAGGGACUCCUGAGAUGGAAAUGUCGUCCAGUGACUCGCCAGCAGGUGACACCAACAACCAGAGCCCUCCUAGUUGUCGUUUAAGCUCUGAAAACUUCCUGGACAACAGCUUGGAGAAGAGUCACACUGGUGUACGGCAGGAAUUGUCAAAUGAAGCAGAGAAGAUCACAAGGAGAUCAGUUCGCAGAAGGAGAACACCCACCAAGUAUCAAAGAGAAAAUCUUGAGUGCAUCAACACACCCGAGGAACAACCAAGGACUGAAUCACCAACAGAAGAACACGAAGACAGAGUUAAAGACAUUGAAAAGGUGGUUGUGGGAAACCAAGUGUCGCAACUGGAAAUACGAAAACCAGUUUUUACGGAUGAUAUGGUUGAUGUGGAGCAAGCGGAAGAGGACGCAGACAUGAGUGAGGACGCUGUCACUCAGAAGGAAGUUGUGGAGGUUUUCCCACCUGAUGAUAUUACAAGUCAAGAUUAUUUGGAUGAAAAUGGAGCAUAUCAAGCUUUUUCACAGAUUGGAGUAUCAACAGCAGGAAGCUCUGCUCAGGGGAAAGUUUAUCCUGAAGGUCUGGCUCCAGUCAUCAUCCAGACCUCCAGCAAGAAGAUUCUUAAGUGCCCGAAAUGUGAAAAGACCUUCGACCGCGCAGGGAAGUAUGAGAGUCACACCAGAGUGCACACAGGAGAGAAACCGUUCCAGUGUGACCUUUGUUUUCAGCGUUACUCCACCAAGUCGAACCUGACCGUGCACAAGAAGAAGCACACCAGCGACGUUCCCUUCCCGAGGAAGGAGCACAAAUGUCCCAUUUGUAGCAAACUGCAUGCCACCAAGAAAACACUCACCAAGCAUGUCAGAAGGUUUCAUCCAGAUCACAUCCAGGAGUUUCUUACCAAAAGGAAAAGGAAGAGUGAAGGCUGGAAAUGUGCUAUUUGUCUGAAGACCUUCAGCCGCAGGCCUCAUCUGCAGGAGCACAUGAUCCUGCACACACAGGACCGACCUUUCAAAUGUACCUACUGUGACGAAUACUUCAAGUCAAGGUUUGCUCGACUGAAACACCAAGAAAAGUUCCACUUAGGUCCCUUUCCGUGUGAGAUUUGUGGCCGGCAGUUUAAUGACACAGGCAACAGGAAGAGGCACAUGGAGUGUACACAUGGAGGCAAAAGGAAAUGGACCUGCUUCAUUUGUGGGAAAUCUGUAAGGGAAAGGACGACAUUGAAGGAGCACAUGAGGAUCCACAGCGGGGAGAAGCCUCACCUGUGUAGUAUCUGUGGCCAAAGUUUCCGUCACGGCAGCUCCUACAGGCUCCACCUCCGAGUCCACCACGACGACAAGCGCUACGAGUGUGACGAAUGCGGGAAGACGUUCAUACGCCAUGAUCACCUGACCAAACAUCAGAAAAUACACUCCGGUGAGAAAGCACACCAAUGUGAAGAGUGUGGGAAGUGUUUUAGGCGCCAUGAUCAUCUGACGGUCCACUACAAAAGCAUUCACCUGGGAGAGAAAGUUUGGCAGAAGUAUAAAACUGCUCUGCAUCAGUGCGAGGUUUGCAAGAAAGAAUUUAAAGGAAAGUCCAGUCUAGAAAUGCACUUCAGGACCCACUCAGGUGAGAAACCCCACAGGUGUCCCGAGUGCAACCAGACAUUCCGGAUCAAGAAGACAUUGACGAAGCACAUGGUGAUUCACUCAGACGCUCGCCCUUUUAACUGCCCGCACUGCAGCGCCACCUUCAAAAGAAAGGACAAGCUCAAGUACCAUGUGGAUCAUGUGCACAGCACCCGGUUCACAGAACAGCCAAUCAGCACCAUCGGCGAGGACAAAAUAGUCUCAGUUCACUUUGAAGAACCCUCUAAGUCUUACAGUGCUGAACCAAAGUCAACACUGAGCACCCCUCCUCCUGGGAAUGUGUGCGUGCCCGUCACUUUAGUACCUGUCCAGAUGGCAGGAGGAGCGCAGGGAAACUUGAGCGCACACAGAGCCUCAUCUUUCUCUGCCCAGACUCACAGGGUUGUGAGCAUGCAGGCUCAACAGCAGAACUCUGGAUACCAGGCAUCCUCAGACCUGGCUUUCUUAGAGAAAUACACCCUGACCCCCCAGCCAGCUAACAUCGUGCACCCUGUGAGGCCCGAUCAGAUGCUGGACCCCCGAGAGCAGUCCUACCUGGGCACGCUGCUGGGACUGGAUUCAGCUUCUUCUGGGCCGAACAUUUCCAACUCUGAUCACUCGCACUGAUGGUGCUCGGCCAUAAAAAUGGUCAACUGGGCAUAGUCCAGUUUCAUUAAAGGUUAUUAACUGAUAAAAACAAAAGUCACAGUAUCAGUUUACAUUAAUCAAAUUAGGACAAACUGCACAUAAUGGACAUUGAAUCUGAUGUGUUCAACCCGUUGACAGUACAUCCAAAUCUUAGAGGAACUUCAUACCAGAGUCCCUCUUAUAGCAAAGUCAUUUUGUGUCAUGUUCAGAGAGGAAAAAAGAUGGAACCUUUUUCUGAAGAAAAAAUUUCAACUUAAAUCUAGAAUAUUAGUUGAAAGUAAAAAAAACAUGUGAGCACAUUGUUUACUAACCAAAAAUGGGACAAAAACAAACAAUGAAUUGUUGCAAAGGACAAGGAUGCAAUUUUUCACUGUAUGAAGUAAAAAAAAAAAAUAAUUUUUCCAGAGCAGAUCAUUUUUUUUUCAGCCUUGACAUGUGCCUCUAUAGUUCUCACUGAUGAUCGGUGUUUCUGGUGAAACAUGUUGAGAUGUGUUUGAUGUGUUUUGCCCUCUGAAUGGUGCUUAAAAAAAAACCCACCCUAUUUUAUUUUCAAGAGUCAGUCAGUUUGCAUAAUGAUGUCGACUUUAAUGCACUUCUGAAUCACUUAAGAUAUGUAUUCUGUAAAAAGAGUCAGUUUUUGUCAUUUAUUGUCAAUAUCACUGAAUUAAUAGUUUUUUGGAUACAUCAAUGGAUUAGUUAACAGAAUAGGUUUUAUCAUUAAAAGCUAUUUAGUUACAUGUAAAUAAAGAAUCACUUCUGGCAGCCUGA